CAAAGCACCCGUACUAUAAUCGCAUGAAUACGGGCAUAACAGCAUCCGAACGCGUUGUUUCGACAGUGUUGCAAACAAUGGUCAACUUCAAUGCAGAUUUUUGCUAGAAAAGGGGAAUUAUAUAGCUAGAACUGUCGACGAAAAGCUCCACAUGGCAGGUAGUAGACUAGAGAGAUUUGGAACGGUAUUCACAAGGGUUAGAGACCUGAUACGCUCUGGAGUCAUAAAGCCAAAGGAAAAACCUCUCUGGUAUGAUGUGUACAAGAUUUUUCCACCAAAGAGGGCCCCACUUCAUGUGAAACCAGUUACCAGCCCUUCUGCUAAGAAACAGGAAAUUGUGCCUGAAAUCUUCUACAGUGAGGAUAAAAUUAGAACGAGAUUCUAUGAGCAGUAUGGGAGAGGUUUGCGGGCUCUUGAUCUCUCCAAAUCGAACUUUGUUUCUACAUGUCAGAGGUUUGUUGACAAGUACAGAGAGUUAAAAAGCCAUGGCACGCUGGAUAACUCCUCUUUGUUUGAAGAGACUGCGAAGGCUUUACUUAAAGAAGGUGUCAUCCUGAGAAGGCGAGGAGCUCCUCCUCUGGUUCCAGCCUCUCAGCACUCUCUCAUCCAACCCUGGGGAACAGCACUUAGAAGGGAGGGCUUCUUCUCUACUACAUGUGUACUAAAUGUAUUUCCCUGUUCUCUCACCUUUCACCUAAUGAAUUCUCUUAGUGACUGUGAACACAACCUUGGCUGAUAUUAUAUAGUUAUAUUGGAUAUAAUAUCAGUAUUAAUAUUAAUAUUGUUUUUAGUCUCACACGGUCCCAAUUACCCACCUUCCAUAGGAUUUAAUGUUCCUUCACCUUGAAGCUUCUAAUACUGUCGCCAUUUUUAACUAAACACUGUCUAGACUAAUAAAUUCUUAAGCUGUUAUUCAACAAUAAUGAUACAUAACAGUUACCCUACCCUUUACAUUGUAAGAUGGUGACAGAUGUACCCUUACCCCCCCUCCUUGAUUCAGAGAUGGUCUUUCCCUUUUCACGUAAAUGGCCUCCUUGACUCUCUGCUCAAACCAGCGUUUGUCUCUGUUUAGCUGGAGGUUGUUUGGUUUCCCCAAUGUCUAAAUCAUAUCAGUUCUCCUGGCACUGGCAAUGGGAGACCCAGUCCUUGGGGUAGACCAAUAUUUGGCACAGCGUAUUUCGGUGUUUAAAAGCCACUGAGACACGGUGUUUAGAAUAAAUGCGUCUUAAUUGUUUCGAUACUUUUUCUCCUGUGAAAAAGGCCUAACCCAGGGAUUUCUCUGGAUAAAGGGAAAGUGAGGGGAAGUUUUACUCAUUUUUUUUGUUUCAGAAAUGCUCUUUCAAUGUUUUUCAAAAUGUCUGAAAUUAUUUUCUUUGACUAGUUCUUGUCAUAAAUUACUAUAAAAAUGAAAGUUGCUAAAGUUAUUCCCAUUUACAAAACCGGUGAAAGGCAUCAUUUUACAAACUAUAGACCAGUGGCAAUACUCUCCCAGUUCUCUAAGAUACUGGAAAAACUUUUCAUAAAAAGAUUUGACAGUUUUGUGGAAAAAUAUGAAUUACUGACAGAUAGUCAGUAUGGGUUCAGAAGCAACAGAUCAACAGCUUUAGCACUGAUAGAUUUAAUGGAAAAGAUAACGGAAUGUAUGGAUAAUAAGAGGUAUGCACUCGGCAUUUUCUUAGAUUUAAAGAAGGCGUUUGAUACUGUUAAUCAUGAAAUUUUAUUAAAAAAACUGGAAAAGUAUGGGUUUAGGGGAGUGGUUUUGGAAUGGUUUAAAAGCUAUCUAGGGAAUAGGAAACAAUAUGUACAAAUAAAUGAAUAUAAAUCUAAUCUGAUGGAUAUAGCUUGUGGAGUACCUCAAGGUUCGGUAUUGGGUCCAAAAAUGUUUAUUAUGUACUUAAAUGAUAUUUGCAGAGUAUCGGAGAUUUUAAAGUUUGUAAUAUUUGCUGAUGACACAAAUAUACUAUGUUCAGGUGUGGAAUUGCCACAGGUUUUGGAGAUGAUCACACAGGAAUUAACAAUAUUAAAGAAGUGGUUUGAUAUAAAUAAAUUAUCAUUGAAUCUAGAUAAAACCAAAUUUAUGUUGUUUGGAAAACAAAAGAAAAACAUCAAAAUAGAAAUAUGUGUUGACAAUGUAUAUUUAGAAAGAGUAAAUGAAAUAAAAUUUCUUGGUGUGAUCAUUGACCACAAGCUCUGUUGGAAGCCACACAUUACUUAUGUUCGGGGGAAAAUGGCACGGGGCAUUGCCGUCCUGGGGAAAGCAAAGCCUAUGUUGGAUCAGAAAGCACUGCACAUAUUAUACUGUGCUUUACUACUGCCAUAUAUGAGCUACUGUGUAGAGGUUUGGGGAAACACAUACAAAAGUAAUACACAAACAAUAACUAUAAUACAGAAAAGGGCCAUUAGAUUAAUAAAUAAUGUGGGGUACAGGGACCAUACAAAUGCACUCUUUGUCAAAAUGCAAGCUAUUAAAUUCAAAGACUUGGUGGAGUUUAAAACAGCGCAAAUAAUGUAUAAAGUAAGAAAUAAAUUGCUUCCAAAAGAAAUCUGUAAAUUGUUCAUAGAAAGAGAAGGUGGGUAUAACUUAAGAGGGAAAUGGAAUUUAAAAAUACAAAGUGCUAGAACAACUUUAAGAACUAUGUCUCUCUCAAUUGCAGGAGUUAAAUUAUGGAACAGUCUAACAGAAGAAAUAAAAGAAAGUAAAAACGUAAGCCAGUUUAAAGUAAAAUAUAAAAAACAAAUUUUAAAUAAGUAUAAGAAUGAAGAAAACGGGGUUAACCCAGGACGGUAAUGUGGCUGGUAAUGGUAUUGUGGUUCUUGGUUGUUGUUUUUUUUGGUUUGUUUGUUUUUCCAUAACUUAUGAAUAUGCAAAUAUACACAUUCUGUAUUUUUCAUAUAAAAGAAACUAUACUGUGGUGGGGCUUGCUAAUUUCUUUUUUUUAUUUAUGUAUGUUUUGUUUUGUUUUGCUGUACUUUUGUUUCAUAUGUUGUUUGUUUAAUUUAAGACUAAAAGAAAAUUAAAAGAAUGAGAGGUAAAACUUGAGGGGGUAGGGACAAAUAAGUAAUUACUUCUGCCUACUCCUUUUCAAACAAAUAAUGAAAUGAUAUUUGGAAAUGAUUGUGAAGGCACAUGUUUGAAAUAAAAAUGAACUGA